GCGGACUGAGGAGACCAGGCCGAGCCUGAGGAGACCAGGCCGGAGUCGCGCGGCUGAGGCGGCCCCCGCCCCAAGAGGCCGCCGACCCGCGGCGGGACAAAGAGGGGCCUCCUCCUCCUCCGCCUCCUCCCUCCGAGGCCGGCUGAGAGAGGUCUGAAGAAGAGUGGACGGAAGCCAUGCCUGCCGCCGGGGGAUCACCUCGCUAGGACCUUGCUUGCGUUGCUUCCUCGGUAUCGCAAAAGCCAGAAGCAGGGAAGGCAGAGGCGGCUGCACACCAUUCCUGUUCCCCCUCGUGGAGGGGGGGCAGGGGGGAGGAAGUGGAGGCUGCAUUAACGAACAAUGGAUCCUCUGGCCCGCUCGAGUGGGGAUAUUAUGCGGCGGAAUCCACAGCAAGACUACGAGCUGGUCCAGCGCGUGGGGAGCGGCACGUACGGAGAUGUCUACAAGGCCAGAAAUGUGCACAGCGGAGAGUUGGCUGCAGUAAAAAUUAUCAAGUUAGAACCAGGGGAUGACUUUUCGUUGAUACAGCAAGAGAUCUACAUGGUUAAGGAAUGCAAGCAUCCUAACAUCGUAGCUUACUUUGGGAGCUAUCUCAGCCGUGAGAAGCUGUGGAUUUGUAUGGAGUACUGCGGAGGAGGAUCCCUUCAAGAUAUUUAUCAUGUGACGGGGCCACUGUCGGAGUUCCAGAUUGCGUUUGUUUGCAGAGAGACGUUGAAGGGGCUCGAUUAUUUGCACAAGAAAGGCAAAAUGCAUCGGGAUAUUAAGGGUGCAAAUAUUCUGCUGACAGACCAUGGGGACAUCAAGCUGGCUGACUUUGGCGUCGCGGCGAAAAUAACGGCCACCAUCGCCAAGAGGAAGUCGUUCAUCGGCACUCCUUACUGGAUGGCUCCGGAAGUUGCAGCUGUAGAAAAGAACGGCGGCUACAACCAGCUGUGCGACAUCUGGGCAGUGGGCAUCACGGCCAUCGAGCUUGGAGAGUUGCAGCCACCCAUGUUUGAUCUUCAUCCAAUGAGGGCCUUGUUCCUAAUGUCCAAAAGCAACUUUCAGCCUCCAAAGCUAAAGGAAAAAACAAAAUGGUCACCGACAUUUCACAGUUUUGUGAAAGUAGCACUUACAAAAAACCCAAAGAAGAGGCCCGCGGCUGAUAAACUUCUUACUCAUACCUUUGUUGGGCAGCCUGGUCUCUCUCGGUCGCUGGCCGUCGAACUGUUGGACAAAGUGAACAAUCCCGACAACCACCCUCAUUACGCCGAGGCGGAUGAUGACGAUUUUGAGCCGCACCCAGUUAUUCGCCACACCAUUCGCUCUACCAACCGGAACGUCAGAGCAGAGAGGACGGCGUCUGAAAUCAAUUUUGACAAGCUGCAGUUUGAACCGCCGCUAAGGAAAGAAACAGAAGCGCGAGAUGAAGUGGUGGUGGCAGCUGGCGCACACUUCGCUUCGCACUGGAAUCCUUUUGUUGAUGGCGGAAGCUGCGCCAAGGGGCUUCUUACCAAAUUUGGCGACGGCCACGAAGAUGCUGAGGAAUCAACGCUGAAAAGGGGAGGACCCCCUCCGCUACCUCCAAAGCCCAGGCUCAGUAUCUACCAAGAGGAAGGCCUCGUCGAUGAUGAGAAGUCCCAGACGAUCAAGUAUUGCCCUGACUCUCUCGGCCAAGCCCCACCGUCUCACCGGAGACAGAGCAUCCCAGUGUGCGGGCCUCAGGCAGAACCCUCCCCAAUUGGGAUGACCAGCAGCGUCAGCAGUCCUGGUUUGCUCACAACCAGGUACAGCGACUUGGGCAACGGGGACACUGUACCAAAGCUCGCGGAGGAGAACGCUGACGGCUUGGGCUACGUGCCACAGCUGCCACGGAAAAAGGACAAGCGGGAAUAUCUGAAGCCAGCAAUCAACGGCCUCCCACCGACUCCCAAGGUGCUGAUGGGAGCCUGCUUCUCCAAAGUGUUUGACGGCUGCCCUUUGAAGAUCAACUGCGCCACAUCCUGGAUACACCCGGACACGAAAGAUCAGUAUAUCAUCUUUGGCACGGAGGAAGGCAUCUACACUCUGAACCUCAACGAGCUCCAUGAAGCCACCAUGGAACAGCUGUUUCCGCGGAGAUGCACCUGGCUCUACGUGAUCAACAAUACCUUAAUGUCGCUCUCAGGGAGAACAUUCCAGCUCUACUCUCAUAACCUAAUAGCUUUAUUUGAACAAGCCAAAAAAACAGGCCUUGCUGCUCAUAUUCAGACCCACCGGUUCCCCGACAGAAUAUUGCCCAGGAAAUUUGCCUUAACGACAAAGAUCCCGGAUACAAAAGGGUGCCAUAAAUGCUGUAUAGUGAGAAAUCCCUAUACAGGCCACAAAUACCUCUGUGGAGCAUUGCAGCUGGGGAUCGUUUUGCUUCAGUGGUAUGAACCGAUGCAGAAGUUCAUGUUAAUAAAGCACUUUGAUUUCCCGCUGCCCACCCCCCUGAACGUCUUCGAAAUGCUGGUGAUCCCAGAGCAGGAGUACCCCAUGGUGUGCGUGGCGAUCAGCAAGGGAGUCGAACCAAACCAGGUCGUCCAGUUUGAGACAAUUAACCUGAACUCCGCUUCUUCGUGGUUUACAGAAACUGGUGCAGGUUGCCAACAGCUUGAUGCCAUUCACGUCACCCAGCUGGAGAGGGACACAGUUCUUGUCUGCUUGGACAGAUUUGUGAAAAUUGUGAAUCUGCAUGGCAAACUGAAGUCGAGCAAGAAGCUGGCCUCCGAACUCAGCUUUGAUUUCUGCAUUGAAUCUGUAGUGUGCCUUCAGGACAGCGUUCUGGCCUUCUGGAAGCACGGGAUGCAAGGGAAAAGCUUUAAGUCUGACGAAGUAACCCAGGAGAUCUCAGACGAAACUCGGGUGUUCCGCUUGCUGGGCUCCGACAGGGUGGUGGUGCUGGAGAGCAGGCCGACCGACAACCCAACGGCCCACAGCAAUCUCUACAUUUUGGCCGGCCACGAAAACAGUUACUAGGCAACCGAAACCCGACUCGGAACCGCCAGCCAAGGAAUACGUCACAUAAGGAAGCAGCCCUCAAGGAAAUGCUAUCCAAGCCGGACUCUCCCUCCCUCCCUCUUGCUCUCUCUCAAUGUUUCUCCCUCCCUCUCCCUUUCCUUGACUGUGUCAAUAUCCAAACGGACCCAUUUUUUUAGGAACGAGAGCCAAACGUCGCCUGGGCGUCUUGCAGCUGGGAAGCAGCUGAUCUGUCACUUGCCACUGUGUGGUUGGUUAUGUUGAGUUUGCUUAAUAAAAGCUAUGAGGUUAAUAAGCCGCUCUGCUUCGUUAGGCCCAGGUGCUUUUGGGGGGGGGCGGAUCCCAAAUGCGUUCACGGUGCCAUGCGGUUCUCGACGCAGACUUCUUUUGUCUUCUGGUUAAAAUACCAAGGCUGCCGCUGCCUUCCAAUCUUGUGGCAACGCCAACUUUUGAAUGCUGGUGGCCGAGAUGGAAAUCAGGAACAUUGAGGCUGGCAGGGAAGGCGGGUGCACUUUUGGGACAACUUCCUACGCAAAGGAAUCUUGUCCAAAUGAUCCGCUUUCAAGAGGUCAUCAGCAUUCCCGGGAUAUCGUGGGUUUUCUGUUUUUUAACGCAACUGUUCUCGGUGGGUUUGUAAAAUAGACUAUUUAAUCCUUAUUUAUUAAUCUGCUGCUAGGGUCGUGUGAUGUAUCCUAACUUCUAGCACAUGAAGGUUGCAGAGCAGCUUUUGGGGGGGUUGAGGGAGGGCCCCCCCAUCUUUAUACAAUUGUACAAAGAACCUGGUAUUCAUUUCACCCUUUUUGCCUCUUAGAUGAAGCCCGUCGUCUGAGGGAGGUGUUUAUAUAUAGAUAAAUAUAUAUAUAGGGGGACGCAGGGUGGGAGGAAAGACCUUUUGGCUAUUCCUGCAGAAAUGCUGUUUUGUACAAGAGUCUUUUGUAGGGGUUUUUGCUUGUGGGAUUUGUCGCCAGAGGGAGCGUGUGGCAGAAAUGCAAAGCUGUAUCUCCGUGAGGAAUCAAGGAUCCCUAGAUUGGCUGGAAAGAUAGAUUGUGUGUGAGAGAGAGUGUGUGAGGGGAGCGCACAGGUGUGUCAUCAUCAGGAGCUCCUGAGAAUGUACGGAGAAAAAGAGAUGAAAGGAAAGCUCAUCCAGGACUUGUGGAAUCCUGGAUCCCCACCCAAUGCAGUCCAGGCGUGGUGGAGGUCUCGGUUCAGGCUGGGUUCAAGGCUGAUUCCAGAGGCUCCCUGGUCCUUGCAGCUGGGUCCCUGGUGCGAAUCAUCCCUUUCCCUGCAAACAUCCCCCUUUCUGUCGCGACAGAUGCCAAACCGGGAGCGCAGGAAGCCACCGACUGGAUGAGCCUUUCUAAAACUGCUUUCAGGGGAGAGCUUUUUUUUAACGCUUCACAGACACGUAUUUUAUUUAUACUGUGCCAGAGGAGAAAAUGCCAUGCCUGGAAGAAAGGAACUAGAUUUCCCCCGGACUGGGCGAGUUUCGAAAGGGUCUGUUUUUUAAAAAAAAUCCCGGUGGUAUAGUAUAAAUAUAUAUAUAAGACGCAGUAUUGUCUAAUAAAUCUGGGGGAAUAUCCUUUGUUCCAUUA